CUAUGUAACUUGAUCUCCCAGAGUCACAGGACUUUGAACUGCUCCUCCAUAUUUAACACUGUAUACAGGCUCCUCAACCUUAAAUCAAAACCUAACGCUUAAUCUGUGUUCUUCGCUCAUCCCAAGCUGGCCCUGCUGUAGUCAUCCCCAGACCACCAUGUCAUCGCCUAAGUCAACCUCAAUUCUCCCUUCCCCUGACUACUCAUGUCUGAGCCACCGACAGCUCAUGUCAUAACCGUUCUACAUAAGUCUAAUUUCAGUGCUUCAUUCCCGGUGACCCCUGUGACCCUCGUUCACCAGCUACCCGCCCUUUCUUGUCUAGACUUCUGCAGCGGCGGAUGUCUCCAGUGCUUGUGCUUGCUGUCUCAUCUCCAUUGCCUCCAUUCUCCAAUGAGCAGCUAAAGUUAUCUUUGAAGGAACACAGGUUGAGCCAUCUCGUCUCACCCAGUAUGUGAAGACCUUUCAGUGGCUUCUCUUUGUAUUAGGGGUUAAAAGAAAAGGAUUCAGAUCUCGAGGUCCCAGAACACAUUGAGCAUCCACCUCCUCUCUGUGUCCGCUCACGCCAUGCUCCACAAACAACCGUGUCUUCUUCCUCUUUCGGUUUUACACAGCCGAGCCAUGUCCUCAAUCUGGACCAGUCUCUUUAGCUCCUCCGCCGCCUUCGUUCUUGUGUUUGCCACAUCUCGCAUGUCUGUUGUACAAGGGGUUCAUCGGCUGGCGCCUAUGGUCAGAAACGGAGCAGUUCUGCAAUGGCUGCUUGUCAGCUGCAGAGCUGGGGUUCAGUCCAAGAUCCUGGACGCUUCUGGACAAGAGGGACAGCGAUGCAGUUCUGACUGAAGGUUGAAGGCUUGGAAAUCCUCUGGAGAGUCAUCGGUGUGAGUCUGUCUUCAAAUGCGGGUGAAUCUGGAGACGGAUGCCCUGCAGUUAUGGUGGAUACAAAAACAAUCGGUUUCAGCGAUGGUCAGCUGCAUCCUUAUUAGGAGAGCCUUUGGUGAAGCCUAGCAUCGUGGUAAGAGGUUGGAGCAGAAAGUGUGGUUGGAGCAAAGCCACUAACCUUUGCGCUGUCUGGCAGCAGAGACAACAAGGAAAGAUGUUGGGGUCAAGAAAGGUGCUCUAAAGAGCCUUGUGAGGACCAUCACCAUUAAACUAAAGUAGAAGAGGGAAUUCCUGAAGCGUCUGGAUGAGAAGCAGAGAGGCAAGGCUGCACCACCAGACUCCGGGAGACCAGGAAGCUGGGGCUGCUUGUCUACUUUCCUGGGGAGGAGGAGGGGCCAGUUUCCAUGGCGUGAACACGCUAACACUCCGACCAGCGAUGAUGGCCUGCAGCACAGAGCUCCUUAAAGACACAGAUUCUGUCAUGGAAUUGUCAAAACUAUCAGACAUGACCAAGCUCCACCAGGCUGUGGCUGCAGGGGACUACAAUUCAGUGAAGAAGAUUUUGAAGAAAGGUCUCUGUGACCCAAACUACAAGGAUGUAGACUGGAACGACAGGACCCCACUUCACUGGGCUGCAAUCAGAGGGCAAAUGGAGGUGAUCCAUCUCCUGAUACAAUACGGAGCCAGACCCUGCUUGGUAACUGAUGUGGGCUGGACUGCAGCUCACUUUGCAGCUGAGUCGGGCCAUCUGAAUGUACUCAAGACCCUGCACGCGCUGCACGCUGCCAUCGAUGCGGCCGACUUCUUUGGAGACACGCCCAAGAGGAUCGCACAGAUCUACGGUCAGAAAGACUGUGUGGACUUCCUGGACACGGCAGAACCAGAAUGCAGGGACCACCGCCAGAGAGGGCUGUUGUUUGAUGAGCGGGAUCCAGAUUGGGACCUCAAGAAAAGGGAGCUAGAGCUGUCCCUUCCAGUUCCGGAUCAAAACACCAACAAAAAGAAGAAGAGAAUCAGAGGCUCCACCAGGGUCAACCAUUCCAAGGCCUGGAGGAUAUGAUAAUAUAGAACCCCAAACCCAGAUUGGAGCCAGACCUAAUACUCAGAUGUCUUCACAGGAUUUGACUCAGCCACCCAUCCCCAUGGUUCUACAGAAAGUCCCAGCCAGUCAUUCAGUCUGAACGUCUUGCCAGAGUGUUCUUUGAAGGAGCUGAUGUCUCCUUGCUUAAACUGGAUGCCCAGAAGCGUGACCCAGAGCGAGACUCGGAGCUGCUUGCAUUUUGUUUCUGUGGCUUACUGUGUCAGCAUGGCCUGCCCCUCACUCAACACACCUAGUUACAGAACGUUCAAGAUCAAAGAGCUCUUCUAAUUAAGUUAAUUAGACUGGGACAAAAAUAAGAAGCUAAACAAAAACAAAAAUCUAAAGACUUCCCAACAUGAUGAUUUCAAUCUAUAAAUAGAACUGUUUUUUUUUCGUUGUGGGAGUCCAUAGUACCAGCAUUGAGGACUAUACCCAUGAUCAUCCGGAUAGGAGCAAUGGUCUGGGCGAUGCUUCCACACAACGAGAGACAACAAAGCCUAUCUGGAAGGGAAUCUGCUCCACAUAUCGAUGAGUAUCAGCAGAAAAUGGUGAAUUGUGGGCUUGUUAGUCUAGUUUUUUGAUGGUAGAUUUUACAAAAGUUAGAUCAGAUAUUCCAAGAAAAUAUAGCAUCUAAAUUGAGACAUUAAAAACAUAUUUUGAAGCUUUGAAGGCUGUACAGGAAAAUGCUAAGUGCCUUAUUCGCUGCUUUUAAUAUUGAUUUGCUGAAAUAUGACAGAUGUUUUAGUGCUAUGUAAAAUAUACUAUUAAAAUGUUAA